GGGAAAUAAAUAGGGCUGUAAGAGAUUGUGAAAAAUAUUGGAUAUUGGAAAUUGGAUGUAGAAAGCGCAUAAGAUGAAAGUAACGCUCCUUGAUGGCCAGUAAAAGUGAUAAUUGUUCCUCAAAAUUGGAAAGUAUUGAUGCUGAACUAUCAAGGAUAGAAGAAAAGUUAGCAAGCUUUGAUGACUGCAGGAAGAGAACGUUUAGUUUAUUGGAGUCACAACUGGAUUCUCUCCAGUAUGUACUUCAAAAUGCUGAUGAUUGUACGGAUAUUAAGCAACAUACUGGCCCAUUUGUAUCAACCGCGAAGUCAAAAUUGUCGGAUUACGUAAAAACCCACCGUGACAUCCACCUGCCUAUUUCCAAGUUUGGGAAACUUGUAGACAAGAGUUUUGUCGACGAACUUUCUCAUCUUACUACAUACUUUACGAAUCAUGGAAAGAAAGAAUCCAGAACACCCAAAUCUAUAAUUAAACCUGUUUUGAAAACGUCAUCGUUGUACAGAGAAUCUCUUUCAACUAAGACUCCAGAUGAUCUAUUGCGGUUGGUUAUCAUCGAACAUUUACUUCGUGAAGGUCAUGAAUCUCUGGCCGUUGAUCUAAUGAAU